AUGAGCAGGCUCCUAUGGAGAAAGAGUAUACUUGCUCUGGCAGGUAUAAUUCUUGCAUCCGGUUUUGGUGCUGCUGAGGCACAACGUAAUUUGAAAGCACCAAAAAAAAGGUACACUGGGCCAGGAACCACACCGAAUCUGAGAAACAUUAUUAUAGGACGGUGCUACCACUACAUGUCCCUGUAUCCAGCCACUGGGGUGAAGGACUGCAGUGGAGUAUGGCAAGAGCUAACAGAUGCAGUAUUUAGGAAAGAGCCAUGUAAUAUCACGGAGGAAGACUACAAAAAACUAGCCCAAGUGACUGCACAGACCAUACCAUGUGAUAAGAGUCUUCUUUGGAGCAGAACAAAUGAUCUGGUUCAUCGCUAUACAAAAGCCACAGAAAGUUUUAUGACACUGGAGGACACUUUCUUAGGCUUCCUAUUCAAUGGCCUUACGUGGUGUGGGAAGACUGCUAGUCCAGGGAUGAACUAUAAUGCGUGUCCUUCAUGGAAAGAAUGUACCAACAAUUCGCUAUCCUCUUUCUGGAAGAUUGCCUCUGCUACUUUUUCUCAAGCAUCUUGUGGAACAGUACAUGUGAUGCUGAAUGGUUCUGCAGAUGGUGCCAUCACCAGGAAAGAAAGUAUGUUAAGGACAGUGGAAAUACCAAGUUUGAAUCCAAACAAAGUAUCUGAAGUGAAGCUUUGGGUGAUUGAUGAUAUUCAAGGACAAGACAGAAAUUCCUGCAACAGCGAGUCACUGCUUGAGCUUCAGCAUUACAUCGAAGAGCACAACCUGGCGUAUUCCUGCAUUGAUAACUAUAAGCCACUAACAACUCUGCAGUGCGUAGAGAACCCCAACCAUCCUGUCUGCAAUCUAUGCAGCAUUCGUUAA